UGCUGGGAGAAUUCUGAAAUUUUCAAAAUGGCGGCGGCAGUCCACAGUAAACCGCCUCUGCUCUCCGAACCUCCAGCUCACAGCGAUCUAAACGGCAACUCCUCCCACAAUAUGUCGUCAGAAGACAGCCAAGGCUCCUCGCAGCGAGGGGAAGUAGUUUUGAAGCCAGAGGAAAGUCUCACGGCACUGGGAGAGGAGGAGAGACGGGAGGUUCUAAGCCGGGCCAAGUCGGAAUUCAACAAUCGGCGCAGAAUCGUAGUCCGAAAUCUUCCCAACGAUAUCACCGCUCAGGAUAUCCAGUCCAUGCUGGCAGACUAUGGUGUGCAACAUGUUCAUUUAGACAAGGCCACAGGAACAGCCCAAGUGACAGUCCAAAAUGGUGACCAGGCUGGCACCGCCAUCCUCAAACUGCACCAUUCCUCCUACAAGGACCGGCAGAUCUCCGUCACGCUGGCGCCCAACGAUUCGCUCCUCUGCAUCGCCAACCUCCCGCAGCUGUACGCGCUGGAACAGCUGCAGGAGCUGGCCAGACCGUUCGGGAUCCUAGAACGCUGUUUCCUGCUGCGCAGCGACAGAACUGGACUCAGUAAGGGCUACGGGUUUGUGGAAUACACCAAGAAGGAGUCCGCCCUCCAGGCCAAGAUUCAGCUCACAGGCAGGAGAAUAGGGACCAGGAUUCUGUGCUGUGACAUCAUGGAUCCAGACUUGCUCACCCACGACAGUCUCCAUUCAAAGUGCUUACUGGUGGAGAAACUCCCCAUGGACUUCCGAGACACCAGCCAGCUCAGUAGGAUAUUUAGCCAGCUCUACCCACCCAUGUUUUGCCAGAUUUCCGUGGGACCAAAUGGACAGUCGCGAGGGUUCGCCGUCCUCGAGUUCGAGCUGCCGGAACAGGCGGAGAUUGUGCAACAGGAAACCAACGGUCAUCCCCUACAGGACGUCCACCUCAGGGUGGCCUUCUGUCCGCCUGGACACAACGGGCCGGGGCUGAUGUCUGUCAUGGCCACCGCCCUCAGUUCUGUUGGUCCUGGUAAGAACGGCCUUCUCCCCGACCCCAACCCAGCGCAGCUGCUCAACACACCACCUACACAGGUGCAGCUGCAGCUGUUAGCCAACCAGCUGCUGGGGCUGCAGAACCCUGCAGGGAAGGACGCAGCUGCAGGUGUCAGACAUGGACUUCUUGGAACGACCCCAGGACUGCCCAUGGGUCUGCCCAGCGUCCACCCGACCGUCAUGGCCACCCUGAUCACGCUGAACCAACAACUGAACGCAGCGAGGGGCGGACCUCAGCCCAACUUGUUCCAGAAUCUGCCGCUGCUGAAUAUGCUGCUGCAGCAACAGCCGGGCCUGGGCUCCCAGAACCCACCCAUGAAUCCACAGGUGCCAAACGGGAUGCUAUGUCCGCCUCAACCACCUGCCCCAUCACAACAACAAAUCAGACAAGGCCUACUGGGGGAUGGCCCCACCCCCCUCCUGCCAGGGGGGAUGAACAAGUCCACCCCAGCACCCCCCAGCCUGUCCCCCCCUGGAGACAACAAGCCGCUGGACAUCCAGGCCACCCUCCAGGCCCUACUGACCGCUCUCGGACAGCAACAACAGACCCAGGGGGGCGGGAACCCCAACCUGUCCGCACUCAUCAGUGUGCUGGGACAGCUGCAGAGCUCGGGACAGCUGCAGAACAGCACACCCAGCCAGACAGCACAGAACAGCACACAGAAGAACCUGCUGCUGUCCAACACACAGGUCAACCAAGGUCAGGGGACGGACAAGCCCGCGCUGUUAGGACAGGGACCGGGGAUGGCUGUUCAGGGGGGACCCAAUGCAAUACUGAGCCUUUUGGGGCAGCAGAACCAGGUGCAGUCCCAGCCCUCACCAGUAGGGGUCUCUGCUGGACUGGUCAAUGGCUCUGCAGGCCAAGGUUUGAACACAGCCAACAAUGUCAACAACAACAACAAUCAAGCUGUUGGCCCCCAGAUCCCCCCUCCGUCCCAGGCUGGUGGGAAGAAGAAGGGAUCCCUGCUGGGGGACCCCCCCUCCAACCUCAAGUUCAGCUCCAACCCGUACCUGAACCUGGCCUCUGUGCUGCCGAAGGGGCCCAUGCUCCAGCCCCCUCCCGGGUUGGUGGAUAACGGGGCAGCCCGAGGAAACGCCGCGACGGCUCCGCGGAUCGGGCUACUAGGCGUGGCCCCACCUGGGUUCUUACCUUCGCAGAAUCAGCAAUCCUCUGCUGCCGUGUCGGAGCCACCCCCCGCCCCUGUGAGCCAGCAGCCGCCCCAGCAGGCCCCCCUCCCCACCUCCCAGCCUGACUACAGCCAGAACAGCCACAACUUCACACAGUACCAGCAGGGCUACAGCAGUUAUCAAGAGCAGUACCAGUCCCAGAUGCAGCAGUGGUACCAGUACCAGCACAACGAUACAACACAGGCCUUCAACCAACAGAGCGCAGAACCGUCGACUGAUUACUACCAACAGGCUUAUAAUGCGUACGUAACAAACAACUUCGCUCAGGAACAACAACAACAGCAGCAGCAGCAGCAGCCCUCUGCAGUGUCCCCCCCACAGACAGGUGCUAACAUGCCCAACAACCUGGUACAGGCUGCACAACAGGCUUACAGCUAUCUCAACAAGUUCAUGAAGAAGCAGCAAGAAGGCGUUGUGCCGACAGCUACCACCGCUCAGCAACCCCAGCCCCCUCCCCCCGGGACAGACGGGCUGCUGUACCAGCAGUACGCAGCAGCUGGCUUCGGACAGCAGUGGGCGGGGCAGUGGACACAGCCACAGAAUCUGGACCAGGCUGCACUGCAGCAGUCUCUCCUGGGCACGACUCCCAUGAUGCAGCAGGGCCUGCUGGCUGCACCAGGUGCCGCACAACAGGGACUUCUCGGGGCUUCCCCACCUGGUCAGCAGGGGCUGUUGGGAAACCUCCCACCGACCAUGGGCCCACCUGCCAAACACAACUUCCCACAGCCCCAACAUCCUGCUUUGUCCAGAAAGAUGACUCCUGCGCAGAAACGGAAAGCGCCCCACCUUCUCCCGUCCCCGGAGCCAAGUCCGGAGAGCGGGUACAUAGGCCAGCAUUCCCAGGGGCUCGGCGGGCACUAUGCGGACACCUACAGCAAGAAGAGACGAUCGUAGUCCGACUCUACAUUCCUUUACGUUGACACAAUGAAGGUACUCUGGCUACAGCCACUCUUGUGAGAGUCUGGGAACAAAACUACGUGUAUCUGGCUUUAGGGUGGUUCAAAACCCACCAGAUUCUGGCUAACAAAAGGAGAAAAGGGAAUUCUGGCUCUCUAGGAAGAGGAAAAAGUUGUGCAAAUCUCUACUUCCAAAAGCGUAGGUAGCGAGUUAGGCUUGUACGGGACGUAUGAGUAGUAUAAAGGAUGUGCAGUAUAGUUGGAUAGGUUUUUGUCGAAGCCUCAGGGGCGGAGGCAAUUUUACGAGAGGUCUUCCAGGUAGAUAGAGAUGCAGAAGUUACCUCUGAGAUGGGGUGUCGUCUUUAAAGGUAGUUGAGAUAAAAGAUUAGCUUUGUAUUUAAUGCCCUGAAGUCAAGUUUCUAUGGUCUGGGAAAGUGUCCGAUGCCUUUGAGAGAUUUUGCACGUGAAAUCGGUGCCUGGCAGAGUUUUCAAAUCAAUGGCUGAAGUUUGCCAUUAUGCAGUGUUUUUUUUUAGAUAAAAAGAAAUUUGGACCAUUUUUACAGCUUGAGACAUUUUUAUACCAUUUGAGAUGACAAAAUACUUUCUUUGAAACCAUGACAUCAAUGGGAACAUUUUUAAGAUACAGAAAUUUUACUCAUAUCUGCCAUGGAAGAUUUUCGGACUGAAACCCACCUUUCGAAAUGAUGAGCAUUUGAGAAAAUUAGAUAUUGUUUUUUUGUCUAAUCGUUAGCAUUAAAGUUAGUUACCACAGAUUUUUAGAUAUCGAAAAUUCUAAACGUCCUGUCUUCCUGUGUAAAGUGUGCUUGUCAGUUAAAGCUGUUUUGUUGAAACUCCUUUCUGGAGCUGUUGUGAAACUGUGCCACCUAUCAACUCACAACUGAAGUGCAAUGCCUUUGUUUUGUUAGCAACAAUGCUAGUCUUGCAAUCAUGUUUGGACAACUGAAAGUUUUUAAACAGCAAUAGAACAACUUUUGUCACUACAUCUUUAGCUUAAGCUAGUCUUAGUUAAUAGGUUAAGAAACAGCUGUUAGUUACUGAUUGAAAUCGAUAACGAAAUGUGGCAAUUUAUAACAGCGAUUUUAUAACAGCUCCAAAACUUUUCAGUCCCUUCUCUGCUAUCAUAGUCUAUAUCUUUUAUAAAAGAUGCCAUUGAUGUCAAUAUGCAGUAACUGAAAAAAAUUAACAGCCAUAACUAUUUGUGAUUUUAGAAUUGAUUGAGAUAAAGCCAUUUUUUCCCUGCCAAAUACCAUUUUGGCUACAGUGGUUUUUGAUAUAGAUGCCAAAAUAGAUCUUGGAAAGAAAAGCCUAUGGGAAAGUAACACAGCAUAACUUUGUAUAUAUUUAUAUAGAAGACAAUAGAUGCAAUAGGGGUAUGCAUUGUGAACCCAACUUGAAACAUGUGUAAGCAAGUACCAUUAAGAUUUAAAGAGAAAAAGCCAGUCUGAGAUUGGUUGAGGCACUGUAACAAUUCUUUCUUUAAAAAAAAAAAUUAUCUUCCAAACAAUUCAGUCUUGAUGGACUGAAUUGCUCUGUACCAUGGAAACUGCUCUGAUUCUAACUUUGGAAGGGUCUUUGUCUUGCAAUGUAUGGUAUUGCAAUGCCCCCUAUCACAGUGUUUCUGAAGUGCAACCUGUACAGAGCAGAGUUUUGUGUGGCAAUCAAAAACAAGUCUUUCCCACUGCAAUGGUUGUUGUUCCUGGUGUUUUAGCCAUCUUUACACAAGUCACUGCAAAGAUCUUUAGUAAUUAUUACAUGUAUCUAACAAAAACAUGAAGUGCACUUCUGUCAGAAGUAGCUAGGGGGCACUUGAAAAGCAUGGCCACACGUUUGCAGUUGUCUGACAACUUUUGUAUGAACCGUAUGUGCAUUAGUCCUUGUGUGGUGAUGAGAUUUCCUAACGUACCCACGCCCGAGGUAUAAAACUGUACGUGUGAAGAUCCAAAUGCAGUAUAUGUAUAUUUUGUAACCUGAAGCCAGUCUGAUAUUAUUCACAAAACUAUGCUAUAUCCUUAUAUAGUGCAUGUUUGCUAGAUGCUAGUGAUAUUAUACUGUAGAUAGUAGAGUAGUAGAAAGAGAGGCCAGUGCUAUCAAGAUUGGCUAUGCUGUUCACCUUAAGUAUAAAGCACUGUACAGACAAAGCCAGUUAGAACACUUUCUUUACGUAUCCUUCUUUGCCUCUCACUGUAGCUGACCUUAUAGCUUAGAACUUUACCUUAAACUUACAUGUACUAAAACUAUACUGGAAAUGUUGGAAAUUUGAAACCUGCUGCACGAACCUAACAGUGCCUCACUGAACUGUUUUGGAUGCCUUAUAUGUCGAGAUUUUCUUUUUCUGUUUUGUGUUCAUCGCUCUAUAACUGUCAUUAAUACUAGACUGAGGAAUUAAUCCUGACCACCCCUAUUUUAGAGUGGUGCUGGCCAUGUAUCACUGUAAUUUUUGGCAGCACCUCAGGGGUGGGGCCCUACAGAUCCUCUACUGACAUUAAUGUAUUUUUUUUCCUCUCUCACUUGAUUGUAUUGUUGUUACUCUUAACCAAAAGAUUUCUACAGUUUCACAGUCACUAAUUUCAACAAACAAAAAAAUCUAUACAUGAUUCAGUCACCAACUCUGAGCUAAAAACUGUUGUUUUAAGAUCUGAAAACAGGCAUCCCAUGCAAUAUCUGAAAAAAAAUGCUUUUAUAUACUACUAUCGUUUUUGCUGCUGCCUAUCAACUGUCUCUCUACUUGUAUAUGUAUGUAUGAGAUCACCAAACGUAUACUUUGUAAACAUACAUGUGUUUAAAUGUUAUUGCAGUGGUAAUACAUAUCCACCUAACAUGAGACAUUACCAUAAUUAGUUCAAAAUGCCAUAUCACAUGAUUCCAAGGUAAGCUAGAGCCUGACUCUAUACCAUUGUCUACUUGCAUGGAAUUCUUGUACUGUUUUUAAUGAUGGUAAGGUGAAAAUGGAUAUUUUUUGUGGCAUUGUGGGAUGCAUUGAAGCAUGAUGGGAAGGGUAUAGUCACUGCCUUGCUAACUCCCAGCGUGUGGCAGAGUUGGUAGUGAGUUUUAACAAUGAUUGAUAUAACUAACUUUCUAGAUAACAUGUUAUACACUACAAGUAUAAUUCUAUGAUGAUGAAACAAUAUGUACAAUAUCACAUGCUUAUAACUAGCUCACGUUGCACAUGUAUUUCGACACUUAGCACAGUCAUAUAGAAUGGUAUAUAUAUACACAUAUAUAUAUGAUAGAAAUUUCUAAUGCAAGUUUUGCACUUUGCCACAAGCUGUCUUUUCUUUAUUUCAUGCACAUGGGUCACGUAUCAUUGCUCCAAUAUUCUGGCUGUCCUGUUUUACCUGUAGGUAAUGUUGUACGACCACACAUUUUUAUUUUACACAGUCUUGUAUGAAAAUCACUGUCACAACAUCUGAAUCGAAGUUGAAUCGUUCUUACAAAGAAGUUUGCAAUCCAUACCUUCCAUGACUCCAUUUUAUGGAGAUAAGACACGUUGCACAGAUCAUAAGUUGCAGAAAACCUAUGGCGCCCCCCGUCUCGGUUGAGGGAUGAUUGUAAAGCCCUAAUCAACAAAGAUGCGGGGCACCAUGGAUUUUCUGCAAUGUGACGUCACAAAAAUGGCGGAUUGCUCAUUCCCAUGUUAAAGAAAUUUGGAACAGUCCGAGUUUUGCUUUGAAAAUUACAGUUCAACUUCAGUGAUUCAGAAUGACUUCUACCAACACAGAUAAACUUUCAAGUUAACUGUCAUGACUUGAAUGUACAUUGUAGCUAUUGAACCGCCAAUUGCACUUUCUUUACCCUGUCUUUAGAUAAUUAUAUUACCCUUUUAAAGUUGUUGAAUGAGUUCUAUAGCUUGAAACACUGUUUUAUGUCCACUCCAACAAUACUGUAUUGUGUCACUCUUUCCACACAUUUAGUUUUCUGUGCGGUCAAAAGUUAUUGUCUGUUAAUGUUUGUGGUGACAUAAUUGUAAUGGUUAUGGUCAUAGAAAGAUACUGGGCAAUUGGAUGAAAUUAUAUUUGCUGUGAUUUGAUACCUUUUUAUGCAUUGACUUAAUAAAAAUUACCUAGAAUGGUUUUUAGGAGCUAACGUUAAAACAAUUCUUUUUUCAAAUCUGAGACUUGAAAAUUUAUCUUAAAAAAUUAGUGAUAGAGUGACGUCUCCAUUUUAACCUAUUGCCCAGGAUAGUACCCUGAAAGGAAGGUGGAAUAUUUCAAUCUCUUUGCUGUCAUUUUAUUCAUUUGUAUCGUCUUUUGAUUUCCAGUAAGUGUAAGAGGUGCAUGUGUGGAGUCGCCAGGCAUUGCUGUGUAUUACAUAUACUCAGGAAAUUUAACCGCACAGCUUCUAACACUCGUUUUUACUCCUAUUAAUUAAUCGCUGUUAGUAGUUUGUUGAAUAUUAAUUAAAACAUUUUUUCUGCA